AUGUCAGAAAGCAUUGAUCAAGAAAGUGACCUUAGCUUCCAUACAGCGAUAGAGGAGCCAUUUACAAGCUUAACAUCUACACCACACAAGAGUAGCAAUGGAUGGGUUAGUUACCCAACUAAUGAAGGCAAGGAUAGUACAAAUUCAAGCUCACCCAACCUUGGAAAUGAAUCUAUAGUGAAUGAUAUUAUUAGUCGCAGGCGAAAUGCUAGUUCUGGGCCUGCUAACAAUCUGUCACAAAGUGCAAGAAGAGAUACAGAGAACAAGAAACUGAAAGAACUGCGAAGGUUAAAGAGGCUUCAAAAAACUAUUAAAAAUAGAGGUGGUCUAGAUAAUAUGCGAGACUUUGUACUGAAUAGCGAAAUUGAUGCUGAAUAUGCUAGGUUAGCAAAAGAAGCAGAGCAAUUUGCUCUUCCAAUCGAUGAACUGGAAAGAAUCGAGAAACAAACAGAAGAAGAUUUGGAUGAUGAUGAAAUCCUUGAAUUUAUAGAACAACGAGAUAAAUAUCAGUAUGAGCUUGACCAAAUAUUAAAUGAGAAUAUUGCAAAGGAAGGACUAUAA